AUGCAACAUUUGAUCGGAUGUCUGCAGGGUUCUGCGUCUGACGCCAUUCGCAAUAUACCCGUGUCCGCUGAUAAUUAUGACCUUGCGUGGUCCACGUUAUCGUCGCGUUUUCAUCGCCCGCGAUUGGUCGCAACUGCAUUGAUCGACAAAUUGCUCAACGCCCCGGUGUCGUCGCAAGAGACGCUGUCCGAUCUCAACAAUUUUGUAUCGACCUUUUCCGAAAACAUUGCGUUACUAAAUGCCUUGAACAUUACGGACCUCGGAUCAUUCAUAGUGUUUUCCAUGGCUUUUCGGUGUCUCCCGGCAUCUACACGCAAAUUAUUCGAGUCGUCCACUCCUCCACAGUUUCCGUCGGUGACUGAGUUGCUAGCUUUCGUACAGUCCCGUGUAGCGAUCUUGGAGAUAGCCGGAGAUCAUCAGAAAAAGUCCAAUAAUCGAUCACAGUCUACAUCACACAGCAGCGCGUUCGCUAAGAAGGGUCCGUUCAAACCAACCAAUACAUCGUUAGUCAUUUCAAAGCCAUCAAUCUCCAAGAGCGAUUCCUGUCCGAAUUGCCGUGUAAAGCAUACCAUCACUGCCUGUCAGAAGUUCUUGUUGUUGUCGGUCGAGGACCGCAACAAGUGGGCUCGUGACAACGGUGUGUGCUACACGUGUUUGUCGACCACUCAUUGGGCUAACAAAUGUCACUCGAAACUCCGCUGUGAUACCUGUUCUAGGAAACACCAUACGCUGCUUCAUGGUUUUUCGACACGAGGCCAGUCAGAAAAUGCUUCAUCCAACGGUGACGCUUCCUUGUGCGCCACAUCGAUGCCAUCAAGGGCCGAUGAGUCAUCGGCUGUGCUAUUAGGCACCGCUCUCGUCCAUAUCCGUGAUCAUUGUGGCACCUGGCAAACCGUCCGUGCCAUCAUUGAUUCAGCAUCCCAGAUAAGUGCCAUAACUGUGUCCUGUUCCACCCGCUUAGGUCUGCGAUUGAAACAUUGGACAGCGCCGAUCAGUGGAUUAUCCGGCGCAACGGUAGCUGAUGUCCGAGGUACAGUCGAUUGUGUCGUACAACCAAGGUUCGCUACAGAACCACAGUUAAGAACAAAUGCGUGGGUGUUGCCGUCGAUAACUUCAAAUAUGCCCCGUCGGUCUUUAGUUACAAGCGUUAAGGAUCGAUUCGCAAACCUGGCGCUUGCGGAUUCUACGUUCGAUAUUGCGUCUCCGGUUGACGUACUACUGGGAGCCGACUUGUUCGCACAGAUAAUAGACGGCCGGAAAGUUACGAUAGCUGCGGAUCUACCCACAGCUUUCAGCUCUAUAUUCGGGUGGAUUCUGAUCGGGCCG